GUGUUUGAUUGAAAUAAAAGAUGGACUGGAGUGGAAAACAUAACGGGCCCAAUGAUACGACUAAUGAUGGAACAGUGGUACGACUUCGAGGCCUGCCAUUUGGUUGCAGCAAAGAAGAGAUUGUUCAGUUUUUCCAAGGGUUGGAAAUCGUGCCAAAUGGGAUAACAUUGACGCUGGACUACCAGGGGAGAAGCACAGGGGAGGCCUUCGUGCAGUUUGCUUCAAAGGAGAUAGCAGAAAAUGCUCUGGGGAAACACAAGGAAAGAAUAGGGCACAGAUAUAUUGAAAUCUUCAAAAGUAGUAAGAGCGAAAUCAGAGGAUUCUGUGACAUGCCAAGAAGAAUGAUGGGACAACAACGGCCUGGACCAUAUGAUAGACCAUUAGGAGGAAGAGGGGGUUAUUAUGGAGCUGGGCGUGGAAGUAUGUAUGACAGAAUGCGUCGAGGAGGUGGUGGAUAUGACGGUGGAUACGGUGGCUUUGAUGAUUAUGGUGGCUAUAAUAACUAUGGCUAUGGAAACGAUGGCUAUGAUGACAGAAUGAGGGAUGGGAGAGGCAUGGGAGGACAUGGCUAUGGUGGAGCUGGAGAUACUGGGUCGGGCUUCCAUGGUGGCGGUCAUUUUGUUCACAUGAGAGGACUGCCUUUUCGAGCAACAGAAAAUGAUAUUGCUAAUUUCUUCUCACCAUUGAACCCUAUAAGAGUUCACAUCGAUAUUGGGGCAGACGGAAGAGCCACAGGAGAGGCAGAUGUGGAAUUUGUAACACAUGAGGAUGCAGUAGCUGCCAUGUCUAAGGAUAAAAAUCACAUGCAGCAUCGAUAUAUUGAACUAUUCCUGAAUUCAACUGCCGGAGGCGGUUCUGGAAUGGGAGGCUAUGGCAGAGAUGGAAUGGAUCAAGGUUACGGCUCUGUUGGUAGAAUGGGAAUGGGUAGCAAUUAUAGUGGCGGAUACGGAACUCCCGACGGCUUGGGCGGAUACAGUCGUGGCAGUGGAAAUAGUGGAGGAUACUAUGGGCAAGGCAGUAUGGGUGGAGGAGGAUGGCGUGGAAUGUAUUAAAGGAUAGCCUUGCUUCUACAAAACAUCCUGGAAGGAACAGUCUCUGGUCUACUAGACUUUCUUACAAAAUUUAAUUUCUUUUGUAUUUUAAGAACUUUAUAAUGACUGAAGGAAUGUGUUUUCACAAUAUUAUUUGGUAAGCAACAGAUUGUGAUGGGAAAAUCUGUUUUCUGUAGGUUUUAUUUGUUGCAUACUCUGACUUUAAAUAAAUUUUUAUAUUCAAACCACUGAUGUUGAUACUUUUUAUACUAGUUACUCCUAAGGAUGUAUUACAUACUCAAGACUACAGUCGGUUUAAGAUGUUGUACUAUGGUUCAAUAAAGGUGGUUGUACUGUAACUCCUAUGAACACUGAUUCAGUUCUAUGUAAUCUUGGUGUAGUGAAUGAGUUUGAAAAAUUCACUUGUUUAAGGGGAAAAAGGUAGAUGAAUAGAUUUAGUUGAUUUGGUAACAAUCUUUCCUAAACCCUUUUGAGAAGUUGUAUGUAACAAUUUUACCACGGCGUAAAGCUGUGGAGGCCGAAAGUCACCGUUCCGCCUUUCGUCCUCGUACUACCGGAACCUACCAUCAUCUUCAAAUGCACAGCUGCCUACGCGAGUAGCGCCCAGGUGUUGUGCCUCCACAAAACCAAGCGACGAUGUUUAAUUUCCACGCUUUGCUGUAGAACUCUACUGCAUUUCACACGUGCAACUUGCACAUCAAAUUAAAACACUAGCACAGCUUUUAGCUAACAUGAAAUAGGUCAAAUACUAGUUCAUUUGAAGUGACUUAGUUAGUUAGUAUUUUUUUCACAAACAUUGCUUUUGGGAAGAGUAGGGGAUUUGGAAGCAAGUUAGACUUUUUUUUUUCUGUCAUGAAAUUACUGUAUUUAAACAUGGUUCAGCUUUUUUUUUUUCCUGCACAGAGCCAGUUUGUCUGUAUCCGCUCAAAACUUGACAAGCCAUUAUAUGGAUGAGAUCAUUAGAAGCAAAGUCUCUAAAACAACUAUAAGCCCAAUACUUGUUCAGUAAGACACAACCCAAACACCUUGAUAAAACUUUUUGUGCAUUUGUGACAUGUAAGAUAUGUAAGAAAAUAUUGUUUGACGACACUUAACAUACCUGAUGUGUACUGAAAAAAGGUAUUUAUUCUUCUGAGCCAGUGUGAUCUCCCAAAUUAACUGCUUUGUCCUCAAUGCCUCCCUUAAAAUGUCAAAUGUGAUCUUGGGUAUUGAAAGUGUGUCACCUGUUUGCUAGUACUGUGUUAUAUAUGUAAUAAAUGUCUUCUUGUGGGA